AUGUCUGAAAGUGAUGAGGGCAAAGUUCAACGAUAUACAGAAAAUCUCAAGGAGGGUAAUGACGUGAGUUUUUUCCAUGGAAAAGAGUAACUAAAUAGUACUAGAAAAUAAGAAAAAAUUGAAAAAAAUCGAUUUUUGCAGCCAAAACGCGCUUUGAAGCGUCUCUUCGAGCUGCAAGUUUCGCCCGAAGUUUUUCAAAAACUCGACACUCGAAAAUAUGUAAAAAGAUAUUUGCAAGAUGGCGAAUGUGCGAAAUAUGCAGAAAGAUUGCGAAAAAAGCUGAAAGAGCAGGAGAAGAAGCGACAACGCUCCGCGGAAAUUUCAGAUGAACCCGCCGAGCCGGAGCCGCCAGUGAAAGUGAAAAAAGAGGAGGUGACAUCGGAUGAGCUGUUUGCUAUGGCAAUGGGUGGAAGUUCGCAACCGCAUAGAGUUGAAAAAAUCGAUUAUUCUAAAUAUAAAGUUAGUCAGGAUGGAUUUUUGAAAAAAAAAACUGUAUAUUAUCGAAAAUCUCAUCGGUACCACGCGCUCCAACACGCAACGCAGACCGCGUCGCGCCACAACACACACAAAUAAGGGAACGAUUCAUGAAAUUCCCUCCCUUAUUUGUGUGUGUGUUGUGGCGCGACGCGGUCUGCGUUGCGUGUUUAUUCAGGUGGAGCGCGUGGUACCGAUGAGAUUUUCGAUAAUAUUCUAGUGGAUUUUGAUCUGGUGAAGACGAUUCUGUUGUCAAAAUUUGCCAUAAACAUGAGUUAUGACGUGGCAUCGUUUGAAAUAUUGUGAAGGACAUUUCAAAGGUAUAACUAGCUUCAAAAAUGUUUUUCAUGAAAAUCUGAUAGCACAGCGUUGUUCAGAAGGGUUAAUUUCCUGAAUAUUUUGUGGCUUGUGCCAGAAAACAGACUUUUUAACCUGAAAAUUGCUCGAAAAAUCCGAUUUUCAUUAACUUUCCGGUUGAAAAGUCUGUUUUCUAGCACAAGCCACAAAAUAUUCAGGUAAUCAACUCUUCUGAACAACGCUGUGCUAUUAGAUUUUCAUGAAAAACAUUUUUGAAGCUAGUUAUACUCUUGAAAAGUUCUUCACAAUAUUUCAAACUAUGCCACGUUAUAACUCGUUAUGCUCAAAGAUUUUGAUGAAAAAUAUCGAAAUAUACCAAAUCGACCAUGUUGAUCACGAUUCCGAAGUCAAAAAUUGCUACAAAUGCCUGUGAGCACUUUUCUAGAGCUCCAAAGUUAGAAUUUAGUUUUGGUUUUCGCUCAUUUUCACCUUGUUCCUGGGUGGAAAAUCAAUUCUUAUAACUUGAAUACAUAAAGUUGUUCACCAUAUUCAAAAAACCUAUCAGCUUUUUAGUUUUUCGAAAAAUAAAGCUGAUAGGUUUUCGAAUGUGGUGAACAACUUUAUGUAUUCAAGUUAUAAAAAUUGAUUUUCCACCCAGGAACAAGGUGAAAAUGAGCGAAAACCAAAACUCAUUUCCAACUUUGGAGCUCCAGAAAAGUGCUCACAGGCAUUUGUGGCAAUUUUUGACUUCGGAUUUGUGAUCAGCAUGGUCGAUUUGGUAUAUUUCGAUAUUUUUCAUCAAAAUGAAGUAUGACGUGGCGAAUUUAUUUAUUUAUAUACCUAUAAGUAAAGUUUGCCACGUCAUAAAUAAUGUUUAGAGUUGAGCUAAAAUCAAUCAAAUUUCUUGCAGGUCUCGAAAAAAGUGCCAAAAAUCGAGCCAAAAGAAGAGCCCGUCGAACAAAGCUCAGGCUCCAGUUCUAGUCAAAAGCGUCAUCGAAACGCGUUCAGUCCAAUCUUUGAUAGUCCCCCAAAAAUCUCCAAAGACUACAUUCCCUCCUCAAUAACCUGUCCACCCUCGUCACAUUCUUCUUCAUCUUCCGGAAAAUCUCGUCCACCGGGACCUACACAAUCCGAAGCGGCGCGAGCCGAUGAAAAUAUGUUCAAACCGCGGAAGGAGCGUCAAAAAGUGUUUGCCGGGCGGCGAAAACGUGGAAUUUUGGAAGAAGUUCCAAGUCUAGUCAGUAUUUGUCAAAGUGUUAUAACUGCAAAUGUACAUUGUGUUGGAUAUGUUGGCCUAACUCCCUAUGAUUUAUUGAAGCCCGCGUUGAUGAAAGCGAGUUUGGAGCAAUUGCGAAGAAUUUUGGAUGUGAAUCCGUAUUUGGCGGAGGAUGCCGAUGAAUUGUUUCAUGAGAUGGUGAAGAGGGAUUUUCCCAAAUAUGCGGAGAGAGAAAAAGAUGAUUGGACUUGGCGCGAACUUUUUGAUAAGUGAGGAUUUUUGGGGUGUUCCAGGGAAAUUUACGUUUCAAUAUUAUUUUAUAGAAAAUUCUGAUUUUUAUAAUUUCGAUAUAGCCUUUUUAAGAUAUACUCACAAAAUAAACAUUUUCGCUGAAAUUCCAAUAAAAAUUUGAAAAAUGCUGGAAUUUUCAAACAAACUAUUUGUCUGAAAAUUCCAGUUUUCAGAUUUUUAUCAGAUAUUUCAGAAUCAGACUUGAAAAUUCGAGCGAAGCGAGUGUAGACCGCAAGCUUCCGCGCAGCGGCCACGCGGAUUAAUAUGACGUUUGCCAUAUCAUAGUAAACCACGUGGCCGCUAAAGCGGAAGAUCGUGCCGCUUCGCGUUAGUUUUUUUGAGAGAAAAAAUUGGUUUUAGGCUAACUUCCGAAAAGUUAGGGUAACUUUUUGAACUCAAGAAAUAUCCGGUGAAAAAUAGGUUUCAAAAAUGUUUUAUUUAAAUUCAGAAUCAUGAAAUUUUAAUCGUAUUGUUUCGGGGAAUUUAAAAAAAAAGCAAUUCAGACCUAAAAAAAUGUUUUUCAUCGAAUUUCAGUUAGAUCAAUUGCUUGUCUUAAAACUAAAAUCAGCUAGAUUAUCUAGAAUUCUGCUUUUCGAUGCAUAAAAAAAUCCACUGUUUCAAAAAUUUCACAUUCUGAAUUAUGAAAUUUUGAUUGUUCUAAGAUUUGUCUCACAAAAAUGCGGAGAGAGAAAAAGAUGAUUGGACUUGGCGCGAACUUUUUGAUAAGUGAGGAUUUUUGGGGUGUUCCAGGGAAAUUUACGUUUCAAAAUUUUUUCAUAGAAAAUUCUGAUUUUUAUAAUUUCGAUAUUGAUGUUUUAAGAUAUACAAAAUAUUAUUUGAGAGAGCGCAGACAACAUUAGUUUUUGAGCGAAAAAAUUGGGUUUAGGCUAACUUCGGAAAAGUUAGGGUAACUCAAAAAAUAUCCGUGGAAAAAUAGGUUUCAAAAAUGUUUUAUUUAAAUUCGGAAUCAUGAAAUUUUAAUUAUUGUUUUACAAAUAGGUCUUAUAACAAACAUCACCACAAAAAUUUGGAAUAAAGCCUAAAAAAUGUUUUUCAUCGAAUUUCAGUAAGACCAAUUGCUUGUCUUAAAACUAAAAUUAGCUAGAUUAUCUAGAAUUCUGCUUUUCGAUGCAUAAAAAAUCCACCAAAAGAAUCCACUGUUUCAAAAAUUUCACAUGAAAAAUUCUGAAUUCUAAGAUUUUUCUCACAAAUAUGCGGAGAGAGAAAAAGAUGAUUGGACUUGGCGCGAAGUUUUUGAUAAGUAAGGAUUUUUGGGGUAUUCCAGGGAAGUUUACGUUUCAAAAUUUUUUCAUAGAAAAUUCUCACAAAAUAUUAUUUGAGAGAGCGCAGACAACAUUAGUUUUUUGAGCGAAAAAAUUGUGUUUAGGCUAACUUCGGAAAAGUUAGGGUAACUUUUUUAACUCAAAAAAAAUAUCCGGUGAAAAAUAGGUUUCAAAAAUGUUUUACUCAAAUUCAAAAUCAUGAAAAUCUAAUACUAGUUUUGCAAAUAGUUCUUAUAACAAAUUCUGGCCUAAAAAUGUUUUUCAUCGAAUUUCAGUAAGGCCAAUCGCUUGUCUUAAAACUAAAAUUAGCUAGAUUAUCUAGAAUUCUGCGUUUCGAUGCAUAAAAAAAUCCACUAGAAAAAUCCACUGUUUCAAAAAAUUUCACAUUUUGAAUUAUGAAAUUUUGAUUGUUCUAAGAUUUGUCUCACAAAACUUCGGAGAGAGAAAAAGAUGAUUGGACUUGGCGAGAACUUUUUGAUAAGUAAGGAUUUUUCAGGGAAAUUUACGUUUCAAAAUUUUUUCAUAGAAAAUUCUGAUUUUUAUAAUUUCGAUAUUGCUUUUUUUCAUUGCAUAUACUCACAAAAUAUUAUUUGAGAGAGAGCAGACAACAUUAGUUUUUUGAGCGACAAAAUUUUUACAGCUUCGGCAAAGUUAGGGUAACUUUUUUAACUCAAAAAAUAUCCGGUGAAAAUAGGUUUCAAAAAAUGUUUUAUUUAAAUUCGGAAUCUCUUAUAACAAAUUCUGGCCUAAAAAUGUUUUUCAUCGAAUUUCAGUAAGACCAAUCGCUUGUCUUGCAUGUGAAACUUUGGUGAUUUUGAGCAUUCCUAAAAAAACCUCUUCUUAUAUGCUCUCCUCUCAUAAGCUCCCAGUUCUCACCAAAAAUCGUAAUCCGAAAAUUUUUGAUAAUAAACAUUGCCGGUAAUGGAUCAAGAGCUGGAAAUAAUGCAAUUGUAAUCGAUGUUAUACCACUAAAAGUUCCCAAAUCUUUGUCAAGAAUCGAAAAUAACAUAACAAUGGAUACAGGAAGAUGUAGAAGAAGAAUUGGAAUCAUUGUUGAUGUUACGAGAGAAUAAAACACUUGAGAUUGUAAAUGAUUCAAAUUCUGAGAAGCUAGACGUAUUCUAGAAGUGAGAUUAUGAUAACAUCUGAAUCCAAAGUAUAGAAUUGCGAUAACCGAUGAUGCUAGCAAUAGCCAAAUUGAUAAGGAGCCAAUUAUUGAUCGUAGAUGAAGUUUAUAAGAUCCAUCAACUUGAAUUUGAUAGAAAUAUGGGCCGAGAUAAAUUAUAUCUUGAAUAUACCAAUCAAACGUGGAUAAUAACACAUUUUCCAACUGUUCAUCAAUUUCCUUUGAAGGAGCUAACACAAAAUAUUGGAUUGCACCCCAAGUUGAACCAUAGAUGACUGGAAAUGUUAGCCAAAAAAGCAAUCUUGAAUCGCGAAAUGUUUUCAAAUAUUUCGAACCAGUUACAACAAAAAAUCGAUAGAUAAAAUGCAGUGCAAACAUUCCCAUAGUUGUUGCAAUAAAUGUGCAAUACAAGCCAUUUAAAACAGCCAAAAUACCCUUGGAAAAUAUCGAAUUUUUAGUGAAAACCAUCACAAUAAGAAUGGAUUUGUGAGAAAAAACGAUUGGUGAAAUAAGAACAUCUAAAAUUGAGUAGAUGAUUUCGAGCCAUGAUAAAUAUAUCAUCAAAUAUUUAUAAGUUCCCAAUUGUUUUGGUGAUUUGAAAAUGAUUAGAUAAGUUAGGAAAGAGUUUAGUGAAAUUGAAAUUAUUGCGGUGAUUUUUUGAACUAAAUCAACUAUGAAGCUUAUCGACAAAUUCAUGACGAAAAAUAAUGAAAAAUAGAAUGAAAAUGGGGGGAAAUUGGAAAAAGUACAUAAUGAACAAAAUUAAAAAUACCUUAAAAUCAGCUAGAUUAUCUAGAAUUCUGAUUUUCGAUGCAUUAAAAAAUCCACCAGAAAAAUUUACGUUUCAAAAUUUUUUGCAGACUCUCAACUCGACGCGAUGAAAAAGAGAAGAAUAAAUUGGAAAUGUUGACGAAGAGAAUCGGAAAUUCGCAACAGAAAAAUGAUAGUGGAAGGAAGACUGUGAGUUUUUCGCAAGCUUCCGCGCAGCUGCUAAGUUAGCCUAACUUUUCAGGAAAAUCUAGAGAGUUUGGGUAACUUUGCAGCUGCGUGGAAGCUUCGUUCGAAUAAAUAGCUUUAAAGUCCGUUUUCUGAAAUAUCUAAUAAAAAUCUGAAAACUGGAAUUUUCAGACAAAUAAUUUGUCUGAAAAUUCCAGCAUUUAUCAGAUUUUUAUUGGAAUUUCAGCGGAGAUGCGGAAGCUAUGCCCAAAUUUUGAAUUUUUCUGAGCGGAGCGAGUGUAAACCGGAAGCUUCCGCUUUAGCGGCCACGUGGUUUAUUAUGAUAUGGCAAACGUCAUAUUAAUCCGCGUGGCCGCUGCGCGGAAGCUUGCGACUUACACUCGCUUCGCUCGAAGUUCCAAGUCUGAUUCUGAAAUAUCUGAUAAAAAUCUGAAAACUGGGAUUUUCAGACAAAUUAUGGGACGAUUCAGUAACUAUAAUCUAGUUCUUGAAUCGUCCCUUAAUUUGUGCUGAAAUUCCAGCAUUUAUCAGAUUUUUAUUGGAAUUUCAGCGGAGAUGCGGAAGCUAUGCCCAAAUUUUGAAUUUUUCCUAGCUUCCGCGCAGCUGCAAAGUUAGCCUAACUAAUAAUUUCCAGAUGGUCAUCGACGCCGCGCACACCAACAUCCGCCGCCGCACAACCGCCAUCACUCCGCGCGGACCCUCCACAAUAAUGGCUGCCCAACCAUCGUGCCUCGAAUUAUCACAAGCUCGCAAAAACGUCAAAACCCAAGGACACGGUCGUCUAAACACUCUUCAAGCUCCAAUGCGAGCUGCUGUUUCUCUCUCACGACCUUCUACUUCUUCAGCAUCGAAUUCGAAUUCAAGAAAUGCGCCGAAAGUUGCGCCACUUAUGGCGAAAGUUAGGAAAAUGUUGAGGAAAUGA